AUGAGCCCCAUCCGCAGCAGCCCCGCGGCCGCGCCAGCCUCCUGCUUCAACCUCCCUCUGGGCGAUGCCGCCGACCUGGACCUGACCAACCGCACGUCCUCCUGCGCCGAGCUCGACUGGACGCCCUUUGCGUCGCGUCACACCGUGCGCCUGGCCCACAACGGCAUCGCGGCGCUGGCGGCGGCGGCGCGCGCCGGCGAGGCCCUCGAGCUGCUCGACCUGUCGCACAACGGGCUGCAGCGGCUGCCGGCCGCCUUCCUGAGCCGGGCGCCGCGGCUGCAGCAGCUCUUCCUGCAGCACAACGCGCUGCGCGAGCUGCCGCGCGGCUUCUUCGCGGGCGCGCCGGCGCUGCGCACGCUGCGCCUGGACGGCAACCCGCUGCACGCGCUGCCCGCGCUGCCCGCCCGCCUGCAGCGGCUGCGGCUGCCGUGCCGCUGCGCGCUGCUGCAUGCCUGCACGGUGCCCUCCUGCCUCUGCGACAGCGGGGACAGCGUUGUCAACGGCACCGAUCCCGGGGCCGUGGGUGCACAGUAG